CCCGGAGGAGUCCUCCUUACUUGUGUGUGUAUAUAUAACGCCAUCUUCUCAUUCAUCUUCAUCUCAUGAUCAAUUCGCAAAAGGCUAAGCUUUUUGAAGCAACAAUGGCAUCAUCAUCCAUUAAUAAUAAUGGGCACCAAAAGCAAAGUGAAGCAGCAGUGAUGCCCAAGAACCACUUGAGGAGUGAUGCUCUUUACCAGUAUAUCAUGGAAACCAGUGUUUAUCCGAGAGAGCCAGAAUGCAUGAAGGAACUGAGAGAGAUAACAGAAAAGCAUCCAUUGAGCAUGAUGGCGACGACGGCAGAUGAAGUGCAAUUUCUGAACAUGCUGAUUAAACUGAUGAACGCCCAGAACGCCAUGGAAAUUGGUGUGCUUACUGGCUACUCUCUGCUUGCCACUGCUCUCGCUCUCCCCCAACAUGGCAAGAUAUUGGCCAUGGACAUUGACAGGAAAACCUAUGAAGUGGGCCGUCCCACGUUAGAGAAAGCUGGUGUUGCUCACAAAGUUGACUUUCGAGAAGGCCCUGCUCUUCCUAUUCUUGAUGAACUGUUCAAAGAUGAGAACAAUCAUGGAAGCUUCGAUUUCAUAUUUGUGGAUGCCGACAAGAACAAUUAUCUGAACUAUCACGGGAGGUUGAUCGAGUUGGUUAGGGUUGGGGGUGUGAUUGCCUACGACAACACCCUAUGGAAUGGGUCUGUCGUGACAUCGCCUGACAUGUCUUUUGAUGAGCACGUCAUGUCCCUUAGAGACUUUGUGUUGGAGCUCAACAAGGCUCUUGCUGUGGACCCUAGGAUUGAUAUUUGCAUGCUUCCUGUUGGUGAUGGAAUCACUCUGUGCCGUCGGAUGAACUAACACGUCCAUCUGCGACUUGGACUUCACCAUCGUAUCAGUAGCGGGUGUGUUUAAAUUAGUAGGUGGCAAAACUGAAUUAUCCUAGCUGAUUUUUGUAGGAUAAAUAAAAGUCAGUUAAUGUAUGUUUGGAUUGGAUUUUAAUAAAAAUUACUUUGUUAAAUUAAAACUU